AUGGAGACCUUGGAGAACAGUGAACUCUGUUUCCCACAUCUCCUCAACGCCUCCUGCAGGAGGCCGAAGCGUUCUCACUCGGAGGCCAUUUUGAUUUACGUCCUGCUGUCUUCCCUUUCUCUGCUCACUGUGUUUCUCAACCUGCUGGUCAUCAUCUCUAUCUCCCACUUCAGGCAGCUCCAAACUCCCACCAACCUCCUCCUCCUCUCUCUGGCUGUCUCAGAUUUCCUUGUUGGCCUCCUCAUGUGCUUUCAGAUUAUGCUCAUAGACGGCUGCUGGCUCCUCGGAGACGGUGUGUGUGUUGUGUAUCAAUAUUUGUCAUAUAUAAUCACCUCUUCCUCAAUAGGAACCAUGGUGCUCAUAUCUGUUGACCGCUAUGUGGCUAUUUGUGAGCCUAUGUUUUACUCCACUAAAAUCACACAUAGGAUGAUUAAAGUCUGUGUUGCUUUGAGUUGGUUUUGCUCUUCAUCCUUCCAAAGUCUAAACCUAAGUGAUAAUCUGCAACAUCCAGGCAGGUAUAACACUUGUUUAGGAGAGUGUAUCAUUGUCAUUAACUACAUUGCUGGACUUGCAGAUCUUAUUUUGACCUUCGUUGGUCCCAUUACUGUUAUUAUUGUGUUGUAUACAAGAGUGUUUGUGGUGGCUGUGUCUCACGCUCGUGCCAUGCGGUCCCAGAUUGCAGCCGUCACAGUAGUAACUGUUAAAAAGUCAGAGAUUAAAGCGGCCAGGACUCUCGGAGUCGUCAUAGUUGUGUUUCUAUUCUGUGUCUGCCCAUUUUUCUGUGUCACUCUUGUCGGCGAACAAACUGUGCUAAACGCUUCAUCUUCAGCCUUUGUAAUAUGUCUGUUCUACUUAAACUCCUGUUUAAACCCUGUGAUCUAUGCCUUUUUCUACCCCUGGUUUAGAAAAUCUGUUAAAGUCAUUGUUACACUGAAGCUACUGCAGAGAGACUCCCGUGAGGCCAACAUGCUGUAG